AUUUUCAGUCCCCUCACUCCAAAAAGCUGUCUCCUCCUCCUCCUCCACUCCCACUUCUCAAAAACUCAAUGGAUCCAUGCCCCUUCGUACGUCUCAAUGUCGACGCUCUGGCUCUCAAGCUCCCCCACGCCACCAGACCAGCCGGUCCGGGAGUCCACUCCUCCACCACCCCCUGCUUCUGCCAGCUGAAGAUCAAAAACUUCCCUCCCCAAACCGCCCUUCUCAACCUCUCCACUUCUGCCGGCGACUCCCCGCCCGACUCCUUCACCUCGGCUCCCGGCUUCCACGUGGACCCCACCCUGCUCCGGAGGCUUGCCGGGAAGCCCGUCGCGCUUCGGGUCUCAGUUUAUACUGGUCGGAUGGGCCAGACAUGCGGCGUCACCAGUGGGAAGCUGCUAGGCCGAGUCCAACUCAGCAUUGACCUGGACUCUGCUAGGGCCCACCCGACCGUGAUCCACAGUGGGUGGAUGAAGUUAGGGAAGGACCACGACAAGCCCUCCGCCAGGCUGCACUUGACGGUCCGAGCUGAACCAGACCCCCGGUUCGUUUUCCAGUUCGGAGGUGAGCCGGAGUGCAGCCCCGUGGUUUUCCAGAUUCAGGGGCGGGACAUACGGCAGCCCGUUUUUAGCUGCAAGUUCAGUGCGGACCGUAACUCGAGAAACCGAUCUCUUCAAUCAGAUUUUACCACCAUUAACAGAGGAUGGAUGAGAACACCGUCUGCUGAUAGAGAAAGGCCAGGGAGGGAAAGAAAGGGGUGGAUGAUAACAAUUCACGACCUUUCCGGCUCGCCUGUGGCGGCCGCUUCCAUGAUCACUCCCUUUGUAGCCUCCCCCGGUACUGACCGUGUGUCCAGGUCAAACCCUGGAGCAUGGCUCAUCCUCCGACCCCAUGGCUUCUCAAUCAGCAGCUGGAAGCCAUGGGGCCGUCUUGAGGCAUGGCGCGAGAGAGGGCCUAUUGAUGGCUUGGGGUACAAGUUUGAGCUUGUCACUGACAACGGGCCUAGCAGCAGCAUUACCAUUGCCGAAGGCACAAUGAGCGUCAAGAAGGGCGGAGAGUUUUGCAUUGACAGUAGGUUAAAUAGAGAUUCGGGUUUGAAUUCGAGGUCACCGGUGAAAGGUUUCGUGACGGGUUCAACCGUGGAAGGCGAAGGGAAAGUUAGCAAGCCUGUGGUACAAGUAGGAGUGCAGCAUGUUACUUGCAUGGCUGAUGCUGCUCUUUUCGUCGCGCUUUCUGCCGCCAUUGAUCUUAGCAUGGACGCUUGCCGGCUGUUUUCGCAUAAACUCCGAAAGGAGCUCUGCCAUGACGAACAGAAUUGCUUCUCCUAAUUAAAACUGGUUUAAAUCCUUAAUUUUCUUACUAAUUUAUCCUCUCUGCCGCUGUGACAACCAAAUAGUUUUUGCUCAGUUUGUGAGGAAUUGUUGGUUUGAGCACUGAAUAUGUAUAAUUUUUUUAUUUUUAAUUUCCUUUUUUCUCCACAUUCUUUGAUUCUGAUUAUAUUUUCUCCAAUUCUUUGAUUAUGAUUUUUCUGGUUUGAUUGUGCCGGUGGUUUUCGCGUUGGUAACUUGGUUACACCUUGGUAAUAUUACAUCAUUUAUUCUA